AUGAGAUUGUUACUCUUUGGUAUAGAGCUCCUGAAGUUUUGCUUGGAUCUACUACCUACUCUACUAGAGUUGAUAUCUGGUCUGUUGGAUGUAUCUUUGGCUUGCAAUAGCUUUGCAGUAACAUAUGUUCCAUUGUAUGACACCCUUGGUCCUAAUGCUGUGGAGUUUAUCAUAAACCAUGCUGAAGUUUCAAUCGCAUUUGUUCAAGAAAAUAAGAUUGCAUCAAUUUUGUCAUGUCUUGGUCGGUGUUCUUCAAAUCUUAAAACUAUUGUGAGCUUUGGAAAUGUUUCAGCCGCACAAAAGAAGGAAGCUGAGGAAUUUGGCGCGUCCUGCUUCUCCUGGGAAGAGUUUCUCCAGUUGGUACAAGAAGAAGCGCAAAAUGGACAAGUAGAAUUGGAAAAACAUGUCAUCACAAAGACAUUGACUAAGCCAUCUGAGGCAUAUUAUGAUGCCAAAAACCUGCCACAUGUUCUUGGUUUCCAUGAAAUUCGUCUCCCUUCUCUGAAAUUCAUCUCUCUAUUUAGGGCAUUGUGUGUAAUGGAGGAAAUUCUUAAUAUUACGAUACACCACAGUGGUCAAUUUGUUAGUGAGGACUUGAGUGUGUACGAAGGAGGUGAGAUUGCUGAUUUGAGAGUAGAUGCUGAUAUGUGGGGUUAUUUUGAGUUAUUGGAUGCUAUUAAGGAACUAGGUUACCCAGCCAUAGAGAAGAUAUACUAUAAGGAUCCAACUGCUGGAAUGAAUCUGUUGUUUGAUGACAAAGGGGCCUUAGAGAUUGCUGAUCUAUAUAUGGUUCAUUUACGUGUUGAAGUCUUUAUUCAACACCCAUUGUCACAGCCUGAGUAUGUUGAUGAGAGUGAAGUUAUUUUAGAUGAGAUAUCCCUGAAUGUAAUGGAAGAUGAUGCAGUUAGACAAAAUGAGGUAAGUGAGGAUGCUGAAGAUGUUGUUAUACAGAAGGAGGCAAUUGAAGAUGUUGUUGGACAGAAGGAGGCAAGUGAAGAUGUUGUUAUACAGAAUGAGGCAAGUGAAGAUGAUGUUGGACAGAAGGAGGCAAGUGAAAAUGCUGUUGGACAGAACGAUGAUGAUAGUUCUGAUGAUGAUAGCUCUGAUGAUAGUAGAUUUUCGUAUGAUAGUGCAAAGGAGGUUGUAUUUGAUGAUGAAACUGAUGACUGUGAUACUGACUUGGAAGAGGAAGAAGGUAUGGCAGAAUGA